CGACGAUGGGCAUUGUGGAUAAACGGGGGGGAUGGGGAGUCAUUCAACUGUUAUUCUUAUUCUUUCGCGACGGCUUGUCUCUCUUUUUCCAAUUUUGCGGCUACUAAGGGAGCGGCUUAAUAGUAAGGUCUUGGUUUCUGAGCAACUACGGAUAUACUUCUCUUUUAAGCUUUUUAUCGAACCCAGUGUUUUGCAGGUUAAUAUACUUGUAUAUAUAGAAAACAAAGAGACCUCCUGUUAUCGUCUUGACCACCCCUCAUUUUCAUGGAUAUACCAACCGAUCCAGCAAAUGUUAACUCCGCUAGCAAUAAUGGAGACCACGACCAAAUAGACAGAGGUUUAUCCGAAGCCCGCUCAAUUCCCUCUGCGACCAGCCCUGCGAAUUCUCACUCCUUGGCUGAAUCUUAUAGAAGGCCUAGCUUCUUCACAGCCGGCCCACGGGGAACUGUCGUUCCACAUCCUCAGGACCAGGACCAUGAAGCGCUGGCGGAUUGGGAACGGGAGCAGGUAUUAGAAGAAGAACGGAAUCUAUUGGCAGAUAAUAAUGUCAUUCCCACGGAACGUCGACAAGGGAAACUAGCCGGGGGACGGAGCCAGAUCGCUGGCCUACUCUCCAAAAUGCUGAAGGAAUCUGAGACAAUUCCCAGGGCGGAAGAUGAAGAAUCCGCACAACCGCUUGAACCUUCAUUUAGCCCCGGCUCCUCUGCUACUGAGACUACAGCCCUUUUGGCACCAUCUAGCUCUCUAGGUGACCAUGUUAACGCUGUUGAUGUUGGGAGAAAGUGGGAGGAAGCCGUUGAGGCCGGACAAAUCCAUACAACAUGGAGUCGGGAAGCUCAAGUCUUAUCGAAAUACACAGCCCCAUUGAUGAUCACGUUCCUGCUUCAAUACUCGUUGACGGUAGCCAGUAUCUUCACAGUUGGACAUAUUGGAAAAGUAGAGCUGGGAGCCGUAUCCCUCGCCAGCAUGACUGCCAACAUUACCGGCUUUUCCAUAUAUCAGGGCCUUGCAACAAGUUUGGAUACUCUAUGCGCUCAGGCUUAUGGUUCGGGGAAAAAACACCUCGUUGGAUUGCACAUGCAGAGGAUGGUUUACUUUCUUUGGGUGAUGACCAUCCCCAUUGGCUUUGUAUGGUAUUUCGCCGAUAGGAUUUUGAUGGUCAUUGUUCCGGAGAAGGAGGUUGCAGUUCUUGCAGGACUGUACCUGAAGGUUGUCCUGUUGGGUGCCCCAGGUUAUGCAUGCUUCGAAAGCGGGAAACGUUUUGUUCAGGCGCAAGGACUGUUUUCCGCAGGGCUCGCUGUCCUGCUAAUAUGUGCUCCGCUAAAUGCGUUUUUGAAUUGGCUUUUCGUUUGGAAACUUGGCUUUGGUUUCGUAGGUGCACCCAUGGCUGUUGCCAUAAGUGAUAAUCUCCUCCCUGUCCUCCUCUUCUUGUACGUUUAUUUCAUCGCGGGUAAAGAGUGUUGGAAUGGCUUUACAAAGAGGGGAUUAGAGAACUGGGGUCCCAUGGUCCGCCUUGCGCUUCCGGGCUUCCUAAUGGUUGAAGCUGAGGUCCUCGCUUUCGAACUAUUAACACUCGCCUCAAGUUACUUCGGUACCACGGCACUCGCCGCUCAAUCUGUCCUCUCCACAAUAUCGAGUAUCUCCUUCCAAAUCCCUUUCCCUCUCUCCAUUGCACUCAGCACUCGAAUUGCCAACUUUAUCGGCGCCAGUCUGACUGGCGCGGCUCGCACAUCCGCUAAGGUUGGGAUGGUGGGCGCCGUUAUCAUCGGGCUGCUAAAUAUCACGAUCCUCUCGUCGCUACGAAACUAUAUCCCUAACCUGUUCACCUCUGACGAAGAAGUUGCGGAUAUGGUCGCCCAGAUACUUCCCCUCUGUGCCUCAUUCCAGCUCUUCGACGCGCUCGCAACCAACUGCAACGGCAUCCUCCGUGGUCUCGGACGCCAGUCCUUCGGUGGGUAUGUGCAGCUAUUCUGCUACUACGCCGUGGCUAUGCCCAUCAGUAUGGGCACGGCCUUUGGGUUUGGCUGGACUCUCUGGGGCCUGUGGGCUGGUGUUGCUGUUGCAUUACUCCUGGUUGCAAUUAUCGAAGGCGUGUUCCUGACCCGCACGGAUUGGGAGAUUUCCGUCUCCGAUGCUCGGAAGAGGAACGCGAUGGGAUGAUUGAUGCCAUCCCUAUGUUUGUGUUAUCCCUGAAUUUCUGGAUUAUCAAAAACCUAUCUUCUCGCUCUGUUUACCGGUUUUGCCACAUUUUGGGUUGAUAUAUGCUAUUCGAGUUUUUGCUCUGCAGCGCAUUUGUCACUUUCUUUCGAAGAUGAUGAUAAGAUCAUGAUCACGAGCCCUAUGAAGUUGAUGCAGAAAUUUAUUCUUAGUUUUAGGACACGAAAUGUAUUCCCCGCUCAUUCGUGCAGUGAUAUGAUAUCCCUUGGCUUGUUCAUGAUGUUGAGUUAUUAUAAAGGUUGAUAUUUUCCUUCCAUAUAUCCCCGAUCAAGCUCUUAUUCAUGCCAUGUAUAGACAAGCCAGUAUAUAGAAUUUUCUUAGAUAUGCAUCUUGUCCACUAUAGUUGAAGUUGAUGAGUGAAGACAUCACGCUUUCUUUGGUUUUUUAUAAGCGUUUUAGCGGCCAUCCGUUGAUGCCUUGAAAGGGUAAAAAAAAAUUCUGUGAUUGUAUCGAUCCUUACAUGGGUAUUAGAAUAUGAAUAAUUCCGUGACAAACUCCGACCACCUGUGAAAGAAAAGCGCCUUCUGAACCAGCUCACGAAAGUUGUCCCCCCCUAAGAAAAAAGAAAGUACCUCCCACAUGUUGAAACCUCUACGAGAUCUACUCACACGACAUACGAUUCGUCAAAUUCAUCCCAACACCUUCAUCUUUUUCUUCUUCUUUCCCUCCCCUUUCUCCGAUUUCCCCUUCUGCCAAUUCCUCCAGCUCCCAAUCCGCUCAUCGCGCGAUUCUUCCCAAGCCUUCUCGUCUUCCCUCUUCCGUUUCCGCGCCUCUAUCUCUUCCUCCUCUUUCCUCUUUUCCCUGCCUUCCUCCUGCAUCUGCGCCUUUAACCGUCGUCUCCGCCUCGCCUCUUCCUCAACAAGAACCUCUAUAGUCUUCUGACGCCAUUCCUUCUUGAAUUCUUCAGUCUUUAAUUCGGGUGAAUCGAGCGUAUAUUUAUGUUCUCUGAUUAAUAGUCGUCGCGCAUCGGCUAUGCACUCGUCGAGGUGGGCUCGUGCUUUUUCAUCUAACAGCGUUGUCUGGGCUUUUUUUAAGCGGUCAAAGGCGUCGGGCGCUGCGGGGUUUGAGGAUUUAUCUGGAUGUAUGAGGAGGGAUUUCUUGCGGUAUUGCAUUUUUAUGUCGGAGUCGGGGACGCCAGGCUGGAGGUCGAGAACCGCAUAGCUGUUUGUGAUUUAGUCAUGUCCUAAUCGGAAGUGGAAUUUUAUAUAGGAUAAAACCUACGCGUCCAGUUGGAAAGCCUUUCUGAUGCGAUCGAUUUCCG